AUGCCAAUAGAUAUAAAAGAAAUAAUAAAUAAUGUAAACUCUACCAAAGAUAUUAAAAUUGUAAUUGACCAACUUAGGGAUUUAAAACAAUCAAUAUUUCAAUUAAAUUCAGAUAUUAGUAAUAACGAUAAUCAUUUAACGAUAACAUCAAUACUAAAGCUUUUAAUAGAGAAUGUUUUAGACAAUUGGUAUUUCGCAUUCACUGAACCUGACAAACAACUAUUCGAAAGUUUUUUCUUUAUCCCUAAUAUAUUAUUAGAAUCAUUUAUAACAAUAACAACCAUAUUAAACGAAUAUCAAACCAAUAAAAAUAAUAAUAAUGAUAAUAAUCAACAAUUAUAUUCCCAAAAACUAUCAUUUUUGUUUAAUAUAUUGUAUAAAUUUUUAAAUAAUAAUAAUAAUAAUAGCAAUAACAAUGAUAACAAAUAUCUAUCAAAAUUAUUCAUUGAAUUUAUAAAUAGAAAAAUAAAUAAACAAAACCAAGAAUCAAACAAUAACGAAAUUUAUGAAUCUAUAUGGAACCUAAUAGUGAAUUCUAUUUGCUCAGUUCCAGAUAAAUCAAGAUCCAUACAAUAUUAUUAUAAGAAUAAUAGUAGAAUUAGGGGUGGAAUAAAACAAUCACCACUAUCAAAUAUUAAAGAAUCCAUACUAGAAUUUUUUACAACAAAUUCAAUUUAUUUUAAUAAUAUAAUAGAGCAUUUAAUAAUAUCAAUUAAUAAUGUCCUAGAAAACAAUUGCAGUAAUAAUAAAAUUAUAUUAAUUUCAAAUCAAAUUUCAAUACUUUUUACAAAAAUGAUUAAAACUGGUGAUAAAGAUAUAAUUAUAAAUAAGUUUUUUGUAGAGUUGUUCAAAAACACUACUGACAAUAAUAUAAUACUUUUAAAAAGAAAGAUCCAAUGUCAAAUAGUAAUUGGUAUUCAUGGCAGUUGUUUAGAUUCAUUUUUAGAAUCAUUAAUUAAAGCAUUACCAAAUUAUUUAUUAUAUUCAUUAUUAAAGGUUGAAAAAAUAGAAAAGAAGGAUGAAAAAGCAAAAGGUCAAAUGAACUACGACGAAGGGGAAGAAGAAUAUGAAAAAAGAAAAGAAAAUCAAUCAAUUUUAUUUACCAUUUUAAACAAUUUAUUAAAAUCAUGGAAGGAUUCAUAUUUUAUCAGACAUUGCACAAAUGAACAUCACUCCUAUAUAACAAGAUCAAUCAUAUAUUUUAUCGAAAAGGUUAAUGAUCAGGAUAUACUCAAAAUUGAAGAAAAUUCACUAAACAAACUCAAGAGUUUACUAUUAAAUGGGGUAGAUUUACAUUUAAAGAUAACAAUUUCAAAUAUCAAUGUUAGAGGAAUGUUUGUAGCCGAAAUAUUUUCAAAAUUAUUUUACAAUCAAACAAGUGAAGGUCAAUUACAUUUUGAUUAUAGUUUAGAUACACCAGACCAAAAAUGUUUUUCAACCAAUUUUAAACCAGUUUUUAAAGAUAUAAUUAAUAGUAAUAAUAAUAAGGGUAAUAUUAGUAAUAAAGAAAACAGUAAUAAUAAUAAAAUGGAACACUAUAGAGAAUUAUUAGAAAAGGAGUUUAGUAAAUAUGAUGAUCCUGAUAUGGCAAUGGAACCAAAUGAAGAAGACGAAGAAGACGAGAAAGAAGAAAAAGUAUAUAAUAAAAGAACCAAUAAUACUCAAGAAAAAAGAAAAGCUUUUAUUGAAGAGAUUGACGAUGAAGCCGAGAUUGAAGAUAGUGAUGAUGAUUUAGUACCAUACAAUCUAGAAGAUGACGAGUCUGAUUUAAACCCAAAUUUAAAAAAGAAAAUUUAUUUAAGAGAUUGCUUAUUAGAGUUACAAAGUUCAAAACAUACAGCAGAAUCAUGGGAAAACUCAUUAUUUUCAAUUUCUAAAAUUGUAUGGUCAAAUCCAGAUGACUUGGACGAAUUAGCUCAACCAUUAGCAAGUUCAUUGCUCCAUUUAAGUAAUGAGUAUGAUUUGGAUGGAUUUUCACAACAUAGACAUGAAGCAUUAGUAGCAUUGGCAACUCAAUCACCAGCAAUAGUAGUACCAUUUUUAACAAACUCAUUCAAAGAAUCAAAUUUCAGUGUUGGUCAAAGAUUAGAAAUUUUAGAUACAAUCGCCGAAUCAGCAAAAGAGUUGUCAGGUAGUAAUAGUAAAGAACAACAACAAAGCCAACCCCAACAAGAAGAAUUUAUUACUCAACAACCAAAACUUAUUAAUGAAAUUGGUAUAGUUAGAAGAUGGGGUAUAAAAAAAACACCAAGACCAAUUAUUAAAACAAAUAAAUUCUAUAAUUUAGUUUCAAUUUAUUUUUAUCCUUUAUUAGAACGUUAUGAUAAAGUUACACAAUGCUACAGUAUGGAUUUGUUGGGGUAUGAUCACUAUUUAUUAAGUAGGUUAAUCUACACAUUGGGUGUUAUUGUCGAAUGUUCAGGUAAUUCAAUAGACUCGCGUAAAGUUUCAAAAGAGUUGGUUAGCUUUUGUUGGUCACUUCGAAAUCAUCAAGAUACAAAUGUGCGUCGUUCAUUACUGUUUGCUUUGUCCAGGGUAUUCUAUUCAAAAGAGAAUCUAACAAAACAAAUCAUUGAUCAAGAUUAUUCGGAUGAAAUCGAAGACAUAACCUCUUUCCUCUACGAAAUUUCUCAAUCAGACUCUGAUAAAGAUUCAAGAAUGAUGUCAAUGGCGACACUAUCAAAAAUAUUAACUGUUCUAAAAAUAAAUGUUUAA